AUGGGUGACUGCGCUGCCUAUACCUCCGAUGACCAAAUGUCUACAGUGCCCUAUUCAUCCAGCUCCUCAUUUUUUCCACAUCUUGAUCAAAACUCAUGGAGCCACUGUUCUAAGGAUGCAAUGAUUCAAGUAAAUCGGCCUGAUGCACGUGGAGACUCUACAAAUUCAGAUAGCAGCCAAAGAUUUGGUCUCGAUGAUGCUAAUUCCAUUAAAGUUGCGGCGAGCCAAUCAAUGAAACACAUAGUUUCUACUUUGCCGACUGAUAGCACUUAUCCUGAUGCCUCGAUUUCAUCAUUCUCAAACAGUAUGCACGUGUUCCUUGGCAGUCCUGACUCUGCAAUACCUGCCUUUUCCAAGCGCUUCAUCGGCCUUUACCAGCCUCCUGCAAAAUUGUCCUGUGUUCCGCCUUUUUACCCUCCCAAAGACAACCGAUCGGAUCGGGUUUUACAAAGCGAGCGCCUACGCAUUUACUUUCAAAGACUGCCCUCGAGUUUUUAUAAUAAUGCCUAUUCUCUCACAUUAUCUUUAAAGAAAGCCAAGCUUAAGCACGCUAAGGAACCAUCUCUUCUUCUCGUAUCAGAAAUAUCUACUCCUUUGCCUUCCCGUGCACGUGUUGUGUUGGGUAAAAGUAUGAAUUAUGGCAAGGUAACGAUUAGGCCAGAUAUAAGACAUUCACAUUCAGUUCGGUAUACUCAGACAUAUGGAAAUCUGAAAUCCCAUAUUCUCUCCGAGGCUCAUACCCUUAUGGCGUUUGGCGAACAAUUUUUCGAGAAGUCAGUUUCUUCCAUUUCUUCCUCCGACUGUGGAGAAUUCGGUCAGUCUAACGUUAGCACUCUGACAGCGAAUCGAGGUUUUUUCAAAAACUAUUUGAAUUUGGUAGAGGACGCGCGGAUUUCCAUCGGACUAAUUGAUUCUAACAACCAACGCUCAUGGAUAAGAGAUGAAUUGGCUAAUGGAAUUUUUGAUGGGCAUACUCUUCAAGGACUUUGUCAUAUUCCACUCAAGACAGAGUCAUAUGGAAUCAGUCCACAGGUGACACAUAAUUCUAACUUGUAUAACAUGCGUGUAUGUGAUGGACAUGAGCGAAAAGCUUCUGAACUAUUCUCACCAUUUGAGUCGUUUGGUUCAAAUUCUGAAAAGAUCCUGCUUGAACGGGGUCUUAAUGAUGCUUUAAUCGACCAUCCAUCUAGCCAAUCAUGCCUAAAUUUCGCGGCAGUGCCAUAUGUCCAGGACAAUUUACUUCCUGGAUCUGUCGAAUGUUUGUCGCAUUAUCGUCAUCUGGCUGACGAACUUCACGUCUUAAAUGAGGACAGUAGCCUCACCUCGACAAGUAUUCUUAUGCAGGACGCUAGCUCGUAUGUUCUCCCUUCUGUAUGUCAAUAUCCUCUCCACGAAACUAUCUACCAACUGAUGCCUGCUUGUCUUUGCAAAUCGCUGUUACACUCACCUACUUCUUUCCAGGAGUCAUUAGCCAGGAAUAUUUCGGCAUCCACCGACACCUUGCAUCAGCAUGUGGAGCAGUUGAACGAAGGAUUAGACUUCUUCACUUAUGCAUCCUUUAGUACAUCAUCAAAUAACACUUCAAUAUUCCCUCUUGAGCCCCUUAACUUACUUCUUCCUCCAAAUUUUCAUCUCUGCAGAGCACCAAUUACCUUCGUUGGCAAUAUUGGCAAUGUCCACCUACUGGAGUUUGUCACCAACAUUCGACCUCUGCUGUUCUUUCAAACUUAUGCAGUCGUGACCCUAACCAGGACUGCCCAGCUAUGA